AUGCUUUCACGCAAACGUAUCAUAGCAGGAACAAAUGUACAUAAAGAACCGGAAUUUACAACUUCAGAACGAACAGAAGCUGUUGCUUCAUUUGUUCAACAAAGAAUUUGGCUUCAUGAACAACUUUAUUUUCAUUCUUCAGACCUGCCUGUUUACAAUAUUUUGGUACCAUUGAUAAUCAAGCAAGAUUCAUUAUCAAUCAAACGUAUUCGUUCAAUUUUACUCACAUUAAUAGAACAAAAUAGUGUUCUUCGUACUGCUGUUCGUUUUAAUCCACAAAGUAAUCAAAUCGAACAAUAUAUUCAGACUGCUACCGAUGAAAUUUAUUCAUUUCAACAUUCACGUGGUAUUAAUGCAUCAGAAGAGCUUGACCGAUUACUUACCAAGGAAUCGAUAGGAAAAUUUUUCGAUUUUGAAAAAGGCAAAGUGUUAAGAUGUCAUAUAGUGCAGCGACAAGAUGAUAAUAAUAAUGCUGAUGGUUUAUUAUAUGAAAAUGAUAUAAUUGCUCUCAGUUUUCAUCAUAUUGCAUUUAACAAUAGUUCACUCAUGGUAUUUAUAAAAGCAUUUAAACAAAUAGAGUUGACUAAUGAGCACCAACCAAUAUUAUCAGUUCCACAAUAUAUUGAUUUUGCAUUAUAUGAACAAGCAUUGUUAGCUGAUACAAAUAUAGAUUCAAAAAUGAACAAAGCACGUCGAUUUUGGUCUAAUCUUAUGAAUGGUUAUGAUUAG